CUCUACGGCAGGGCGAUGUGAUGAUUUCCUAGGACGACCUAUCCCGAGAUCAAGCGUUAAACUCUUCUCGUAAUCUUUCUACACGUAUAGGUCGUCAUGGCUAUGCAUUUUGUAAACAGGACUCGGCGCCGGGACAAAAAUAUAUAUAAUGACCCUAAGCUCGACUGCAACCAUACGACCUCCAACUUUUCUUGACUUCCCAUCAAUCUAAUGUCCUUGUGUUUUUUUCGUGAGCAGGAGACCCGAAUUUUGUUGAAUUUCUAAUACCAAGUUCUAGUUGGGACUGCUUCGAAAGGACAGAUUACUCAACGCACACGGCUUUCUUGACUCUCUUUACUUGCUCCGGACUGCCAAUUUUGAGAUAUAUCCUACUGGCGAAUCCAAGGGAGGAUACAUGAAAUUUGUUAUAUUUUAUGUCCAAAAAAAAACUCCAAUUUCUCUACCGAUACCGCAGCCACUAUGACUAAGCCUAAGCCUCGCGUUAUAUAUUGGUUCCGAACUGAUUUGCGUCUUCAUGACUCUCCGGCCCUCAAGGCCGCGCUGGAUCUUGAGCCAGAAUGUCUGUAUCCCAUCUGGACUUGGGAUCCGCAUUAUGUGUACCGGGCACGAGUAGGCCCGAAUCGAUGGCAGUUUUUACUGGACUGUCAGUCUGAUCUUUCAGCAUCAAUUACAAAGCUGAAUAAAAAGUCCAAGCUUUUCGUCAUACGAGAAAGUCCUACAACACUAUUCCCCAAGCUUUUCAAAGCAUGGAAUAUCUCUCAUCUCGUAUUCGAAAAAGAUACCGAUGCGUACGCUCGGGACCGCGACAACGAAGUCACGGAAAUAGCCAAGAAGGCCGGCGUCCAAGUCAUCACAAAAGUUGGCCGCACGCUGUAUGAUCCAGAUGAGCUUGUCAAGCAAAAUCAUGGUAAACCAACCAUGUCUAUUUCUCAAGUUAUAAAGGCUGGCGAGCAAAUUGGACAAAUCCCACGCCCCAUUCCCGCACCUGCGUCCCUCCCCGACCCAGGCGACACCAGCCUUAACUUCAAGCAGGACCAUCCUUCCUCUGAGCCCGACAUCAACGCCCCGCAGCGCAACAGCUCGGACCAAUCCUACGCCCAUCUUGCAGGACCUCAGGGCGAUUUCUCCGUGCCUACAUACGACGAACUUGGUCUCAAACCCUCAACCACGCCGCACCAUGGCGGAGAGACCGCCGCGCUGGCAGCGCUGGACAAGAUCAUUUCCAACACAAAAUACACAGCGACAUUUGAAAAGCCAUCAACCGCGCCGACCGCGUUCGAACCGCAAUCAACGACUCUGCUAAGUCCCCAUUUACACUUUGGAUCACUCAGUUGUCGCGAAUUCUACUGGCGCGCGCAGGACGUCGUAGACAACUUCAAGCAGGGCACGGCAAGCCAUCCACCUACGAGUCUCACGGGACAGUUAUUAUUCCGAGACAUGUAUUUUGGCGCGCAAGCCGCGCUGGGACACAAAUUCGGACAAGCGUACGGGAACCCUUCUUGUCGGUCCGUGCCGUGGCACUUGCCAUCCAAAGUCAACGAGGACACGGGACUUGUCGUCCGCGACGGCGGCGGUGGCGGAGGAGUCGAGUACAGCAUCGACUCCAGCACAGCAGAGACUUGGUUUCAGCGAUGGAAGUACGGAUGCACGGGCUUCCCUUGGAUCGAUGCAUUGAUGCGCCAGUUGCGGCAGGAAGGGUGGAUCCACCACCUCGGACGACACGCAGUGGCCUGUUUCCUGACGCGGGGCGGAUGCUACGUCGAUUGGGAGCGCGGCGCUGCAGUAUUCGAGGAAUGGCUCAUUGACCAUGAACCCGCAUGUAAUAUUGGGAACUGGCAAUGGCUGUCGUGCACGGCAUUCUAUGCGCAGUUUUAUCGGUGUUAUUCCCCAAUUAGCUUUCCGCAGAAAUGGGACAAAGACGGCGCCUUCGUGCGGAAAUAUGUUCCCGAGUUGGCAAAUUUCCCGGCAAAGUAUAUCUAUGAGCCGUGGAAGGCUCCCAUAGCGGACCAGAAAGCCGCGGGAUGCCUGAUCAAGAGCAUCGACGAGGAGGGAGAAGAUGGAGAGCUGGAUUUGUCUCCGUGGAAAAAGGAAAUAGUAGCCGAAAAGCACGAAGCGAAUGGCGCCCAAAAUGGCGACGAGAAGAAGGAGAAGGAGUCUAUGAAUAUUUACCCAAAGCCCAUGUUUGACUUCCCUAGCCGCAGAACGACGUGCAUCAAUGCGCUGAAGAAUGCGUAUCGGGUUGGGCUCUACGGGAAUGAUCAAAAGGUCCUAGACGGGACGUGGAGAGACCUGUUUCCCGAUGAAGCCGAAGGGCCGACGAGCACGGCAGAUGUUGAGGCGAUGCAUGAUGCUGAUGCCCACGGCGAGUUUGUGCAUGAUGCGGAAGGCCAUGAAGGUCUUCACGAAAAGGACCAUUCGCCGGUGGGUAGGAAGAGAAAGGAACACGGACAAGGGACUUUAGACGGACACGUGAAAAGGACGAAGACGUGAUAGUCACAAGGCCCAUAGGGUCCUAGAGGAACUAUCAAUCGAUGUAUUUUAAAUUAAUAUCGCGGAUACUAUAAUAAAAGGGUACCAGCCGAGUGAUGCCAAAAUCAAGUUGGAUGUGGUUUUAACAGCCCAACAUUCUCCCUGG